AUGCAAGCCAGUGAGGAGUUGGCCCGCCUGGCCGAAGAUGGAGACCCUACCCCAUUGGUUCAAGCGUACAAUGCAUCUUUCCAUGCGGGAUAUGUUGGAAUUCAAAACGAAGGAGCUCCCUACUUUGGAGGUGAAACACUAGAGUUCGUGGUCCCCCAUGACUUGGAGUAUCCCUAUCUGACCAUUGCCGCCAUGGCGGUCAAUAGCAAUGACUGCUUUGUGGCCCUGAAUGGAGUCAAGUUGGAACCCAAGGCCAUCCUCGAUGGCCCUGGAUACGACAGUGGAUCGGAAGAAAACAAUGAACUUUGCAGUAGUAUUCCAGGACCUGCUUGCGAUGCUGUUACGGGCAAUGCUAGGUCUGGCAAUGGAGAGGGUUUUGUGCAUGUGCACCGUGGUUUCUUUGGAGUAGGAGAUCUUUCCCAGCCUGGAUACGACUGGCGCAACCCAAUGAUGAGGGUUGAAAUGGACAUGAUGUAA